AUGCCGGUGAAAAGGGAUGACGCCGAGGCUGCUCUGGCAAUCCUGAACCGGCUUCAGACUGAAUCUGAAAAGGACUCUCCUGUAGCACUAGCUGCUACUCGUGUUGCAAAUAUCUUCCAGUCACGCCUUUACAAUGCCUUGCUAGAUAUUCAGGAGUACUACGAACUCCAUCUGAACAACAAAGACACCCCACAACAGGACCCCGAAUUCGACAUCUUCAGAAUAACGCUGGAAAAGAGCGAAUCUGGCUUAGGAUUUUCUAUUACAGGCGGUAUCGACUCUCCAGUUGACACUGGCGACAUUCAUAUUUAUAUUUCUAAAAUCAUUCCCGGCGGAGCUGCUGAACAACAAGGACAACUAAGACCUGGCGAUGCUGUGCUGGCUAUCAACAACAUUGAUUGCCGUACGGUUACUCACGGAACAUGUGUUGACAUUCUACGGAGCUCAGGAUCAUCAGUAGAACUUUCAAUCGGCCGCAGAAGGCCACAACUAAGCUCAACUCUGCUCCCCAAACCAGAGCUCCUUCAAUCGUCCUCUGAGAACAUCCUGGCAAGCUCAAACUCAACGAUUAACGAUGCUACGACGGAGCUGAUAACAGUCAAGCUCCAAAAGAGCAAGACAGGCCUUGGCUUCUCGAUCGCUGGCGGCGUGGGAAACCAACAUAUCGAAGGAAAUGACGGGAUUUUCAUCACCAAGAUCAUCCCCGGCGGCGCUGCCGCUCAAGAAGGCAGGCUGCAAGCGGGCGAUCGAAUUAUGUUCGUAGACAACAAUUCGCUAGCGCGUGUCUCUCACGAACAAGCGGUUGCCUUUCUGACCAAUACCGGACCAACGGUUUUGAUCAAACUUAUCAGGGAAACACCCGUACAAGUCGAAUCCUCAGACGAUCACGUUCUUCCAAGUGCUACCUCAAGUUCCAUCUCGUUGACGGAAAACCUCGCCUCGAGUAAAGGGAACAUUCUCGACGUUUCGCGAGUGUCCGACUUUGGAAUCCCUGCUGGAUCAGCUGCUGAUUCCGCAAUCAAACAUGGCUGUGCCGUCUAUGACGGAACACAGGGUAGAAAUCACAUGCCCAGAACAGUGACACUAAAACGAGGAAAAAGUGGUUUUGGCUUCAACAUCGUCGGCGGAGAAGCGGAAAUCGAUCCCGAGUGGAACGACUCUCCACCAGGAAUCUUUGUUUCUUUUGUCCUCGCAGGAGGUCCAGCUGACAGCUCCAAGUCGUUACAAAAGGGAGAUCGAAUUCUCACGGUCAACAGUAACAGCAUAGAAUACGCGUCGCAUCAGGAAGCUGCACUUAUUCUGCGCAAUUCUGGUGAUACUGUGGAACUUGUUGUUCAACAUGAGCCCGAGAACUUCGCUAAAUUCGAGCACCGAAUGCAUGACUUGAGGCAACAGAUGCUGAGCGCCAGUAUAGGCGGAGGGCUACAGACUUCCUCGAAGAAAGAAAUGACAGUGCGCGCAUUGUUCGACUACACAGCUGUUCGCGACUCUGGGCUGCCUUCCAAAGGGCUCAGCUUUCGCUUCGGAGAUAUUAUCCAUGUCACGAAUGCGUCUGACAAAGAGUGGUGGCAGGCAAAUCUGAUGGGAAAGCCAGCUGAGCAGGGCUGUAUACCGUCAAAGGCGCGCGUUGAAAGAAAAGAAAAACUACGAAUGAAGCAAGUCAAAUUUCGUCGCCCAGGUCAGCCAAACGGCGAAGUUAGAAAAAGUCGCGGCCGGCUGAAUGUUCGAGUCAAUGCUCUUUCCUCGAAGUUGAAUCUGAUGAAGUCAAAGGAGAACAUCUGUAGGGAGGAAACUCACAGCAGUUCUAGCGAUGAUGAAUUCGAAAUGGGCGAUGACUGGGUCCUAUCAUAUGAGCCGGUGAAGCAAGUUGAAGUUGAAUAUCCAAGGCCAAUCGUGAUCUUUGGCCCGUUGAAGGAAAAAAUGUCCGACGAGCUAAUAAAGCUUGACGCAUCGAAAUACCAACAAGCGAUUCCGCAUACGACCCGUCCAAAACGAAAUUGCGAAGUGGAAGGUCGAGAUUACUACUUUAUCUCAAAAGCAGAUAUGACCACUCAAAUCGAGAACCGCGAAUUCAUCGAGGCCGGUCAAUUCAGCGAUAACCUCUACGGAACGAGUAUAAAGGCCGUGAUGGAUGUUGCUCAAACGAAUAAGCACUGUAUCUUGGAUGUUUCCGGCGGCGCUUUGCGGCGGCUCUCCGAUGCACAACUUCCGGCAAUUGCAAUCUACAUCAAACCACGCUCUGUUGAAACUUUAAUGGAGUCUAACAAAAGAUUAUCCGAACAGGCGGCGCUUCAAAUAAUCCAACAGUGUCAGCGACUCGAAGCGGAUUACGCCGAACAAUUCACUGCCGUGAUUCAAGCCGAAGACGGAGAAGAGCACGUUCGCGAGCAGGUGCUCGAAAUCGUCGAAUCCUUGAGCGGUACCUCGCACUGGCUGCCGACAGGCGAUAAGCUCUGA